GUAUAAUCUUCAAGAGUCGUACAAGGGUUUUUUCUUACCUUUUGUUUCUCUGCAGUCCUCCGUUGGGUUAUGUUGUAGUUUUUUAUUGUUACUAUUAUCAUUUACCCUUUUUUUCAAAACCUCUAACGGUGAUAAUAACUUUCUCGUUGAGGGUAUCUUUGUUGGGGAAUCUAAGGUGAGUUGGCUGUGGAAAUCUAUUGAGUUUCUGAUAGAAAAAGAGAGAAGCGAGAAGAAAACCUAUUGAUUGGAGUUGUUUUAGAGGAUUGAUGUGAUUGCUUCACUCCAUAAAUAUUUUUGUCAGCCAACGGCUCUUUCUCACUUUGUCUCCCCUUUUCCCAGUGUAUUUUGGCUUUUUAGGUGCUGAUUCUCGCCUGGGUUCUUUCCUUUUUAUCUCUCUGGGGUUGGCUGUGCUUUGUUUUGGGCUGUUAUUCCCUGUCUCAGUCAGGGCCAAAUAAGAUGGCGGGUGAAAACAAUGCUACAGGGUUUGGUGACACGACUUACACCAAGAUCUUUGUUGGAGGUUUGGCCUGGGAAACUAAAAGAGAUGCCCUGAAACGUUAUUUUGAGCAGUUUGGAGAGAUUCUAGAAGCUGUUGUUAUUAAUGAUAAAACUACAGGAAGAUCAAAAGGUUAUGGCUUUGUGACGUUUAAGGAUGCUGAUUCGGCGAUGAGGGCUUGCCAUAAUCCAUUUCCUGUGAUUGAUGGAAGGAGAGCAAACUGUAAUCUUGCAUCUCUUGGUGCUCAAAAGAAUCGUCCAACUUCUGCCUCUCAGCAUGGAAUGGAGAAAUUUAGCCCACCACCUCGAGUCAUGGCACCACCCAGUACUGGUACUCCGGCAGUUUACCGUCAAAUCAUCCCGCAAUACGCAUUUCCUUAUUCGGCUUACGGGUAUCCUGGUUACACACAGGACAUUUAUUUAAUGAACUAUUACAAUGCAUACGGAGGGCAACAGCUCCCAUCCCAUUUCACCACAGGGUCAUCAGGAUCCCAUGGAGUCUACUUGAGUUACUUCCCACUCUAUCACCAGCAAGGACAGGGCAGCCCAACUCAGUAUCCCAAGAUCACUCAGUAUCCUUACCCGUCUCCGCCAUACCGUGCAUUUGGGAGCUUGACACUUCCUCCAGCUGCCUCUCCUUCACCGCUUGCCCCCACCGCUGCACCAGCCACAGCAGAAUCUGCCGGCAUGCCAGGAACUGCCUCUGCACAGAACUCGUCAGUGUAAUGCCAGCGCCAGUAGAAAUGUGGAAAGGAUACAAACAAGAAGUCAACUGAAUAUACUCUCAUAUAGGCAGAAAAGAAAGGAAAGAGGUUUUACAUUUUUCCUUUUUUUUUUUUUUUGCAAAAACACACCUCAAUCAUAUAUGGCAAAGACCCAGGGAAGCAUUCAAGACUAAAUGACAGAAAACGUUUUUUGCAUUUUUAGCUUUGCUAUUUGGAUUAUAGUGUAUUCUUUUUGACACGCAACAAUUUACGCACUUUUUUCUACCCAUUUUAGGAAUACACUUUUGUUUAAAUUCAUGUCUCAAAUGAUCCCACACUGUUUCUUUUAGCCAAACCAUAUAUAUGUUCCCAUUAUUGGUCAUGAAUAUUCAUAAGAUUUUUAAUUAUUUU